UGAGAGAGGGUUGAGUCUCGGUGGAGAGGGCAGUGCUUUUGAACAGCAGGCCUCUUCAGCUGUCCUUGAUCUCAUGGGAGAUGAAGGCGAUCGCCUUAACCAGCAGAAGAAAAUGAUGAAAUGGGACCGUAAGAGGAAGCGUUUUGUGAGAGAAACGGGAAAAGAAGACCAGAAGAAGAAGAUCAAAACAGACAGCGGUCAGGUUAUCAGUAACAAGAAGAACAGGAAGAACUUUUAUGAGGAGUGGAAGAAAAAAUACAAGAUUGAUGAUACAGGAUCUGGAUCAGAUGGAGAAACAGGCGGAGGAGGCAGGAAGCCAGCAAGAGGUCGUGGCCGUGGCCGACGAGGUCCAAACGUACAGAGCUCCGGUGACCACAAAGCACGCUCGGAGCUGAAAACAAAGGAUCAGAUCAUGAAGCAGCGCAAGAAAAAGCAGAAGCACCAGUUCCUGCAGGGCGGGGGGAUGAGGAAGCUCCGCUCCAAGAACAAAAAGUGGCUCGGAGAAGUUAAAAAGUCAGGUUUUGGAAGGGGUGGCCAUAAGAAAGGCAAGCUGAGGAAGAAACUGUGAGGAGGACAGAGGGUUGAUGGUGUGGAGGACAUCACGAGGAACUGGGUGAUAAGCGUCAGAAUCAUCUGAGAACAUCACCAAAGAUUUUCCUGGUGCUUUGUGUGACUGUAGAUUAAGGAGAAAAUGAUUUGUGAAUCUUUACACUGCAGAAAUGCACGUCACUUCUUCCUUGAUGGCCUGCUGAACUCUGCGUUUGCCACAGAGUGAUGUUUAAUUAUGAUCCACUAACCUGGAUUUAUUACUUGUAAGCAUGUUGGCAGUCUAAUAAAAGUGUUUUGGAGUACUGAAAUAUGUCUUAUCAAAAUGGUAAAAUACAGAUAUUAAAUAUUGUGUGCUUAAUUUGCAGUUAGUUUCAAAAAUCGUCUCACCCAUCUUUUCUUAAAAUAAGAGGUGCUCUAUAAAAAUGAC